CGCGGCUCCAAACCCGCGCCGCUCCAACUCGUGCGAUUACGAAAGCGCGGAGACGAGACGAUGCUGCUGCAAAGGCGCGGCCUCCUCUGCUGCGGGUGCGGGGGCAGCGCCGCCGGCGUGGCCGCCGGCGGCCGUGCAGCAGCCUUCGGGGACACCGAUGAUGGCCAGCCCGGCGCCAAGAGCACGGCCGCCGGUGCCACCGCGGCGAGGCAGCUGUCGUGGGCGCAGGUGGAGGCCAUGACGGGAGGCUUCACGUCGGCCAUCGUCGGCGAGGGCGGCUUCAGCACCGUGUACCUCGCGCGCCUCGCCGGCUCCCUCGCCGCCGUCAAGGUCCACCGCAGCAGCGAGCGCCUCCACCGCGCGUUCCGCCAGGAGCUCGACGCCCUCCUUCGCGUCCGCCACCCGCACAUCGUCCGCCUCCUCGCCUUCUGCGACCAGCGAGACGAAGGCGUGCUGGUGCUGGAGUUCGCGCCGAACGGGAACCUGCACGAACAGCUCCACAGCGGCGGCAAGGGCGCCGCACCGAUGCCGUGGGCGCGGCGGGUGUCGGUGGCGCUGCAGGUGGCCCGCGCGCUGGAGUACCUCCACGAGCGGUGCGAGCCCCAGGUGGUGCACGGCGACGUGAAGGCGUCGAACGUGCUGCUGGACGCGGGCAUGGGCGCCAGGCUGUGCGACUUCGGGUCUGCGCGCGCGGGGUUCUCGGCGGCCGUCGCCCGGCCGCGUCCCUCGGCGCGCGCCGUGCUGGGGUCCCCCGGGUACGUGGACCCGCACUACCUCCGCUCCGGCGUGGUGACCAAGAAGAGCGACGUGUACAGCUUCGGCGUGCUGCUGCUGGAGCUGCUCACCGGCGCGCAGGCGUUCUGCGACGGCCGGCUCCUGACGGCGGCCGUCGCGCCGAGGAUCAGCUCGGGCGCACGGGCCGGCAAGCUCGUGGACCAGAGGCUGGGGUGCCGGUACGACGGCGACGAGGCGGCGGCCAUGGUGGCGCUGGCGGCGGCGUGCGUCGGGGAGAACCCGAGCCUCCGGCCGUCGAUGGGCGACGUGGUGCGGACCCUGGAGCGGAACGGGCAGGCCUCGAUCUCCACCGUCGGGAGAAGAUCAGACAGCGGCGGCGGGAAGCUAUAGAUUGCAUUGUGUGAUGGUAGCCGUGCCGGCGAGACAUACGUGGCGAGCACUGCAACCGUAGGAUGCGAUUGCUCACCCUAUUAAUUGGGGACGUAUGGUUUGUCUGGACAGGGACUUGAGCGGACCAGCGAAAGCUUCGGGCCGGGAUUGUGCAGUGAUCUUCAUUAUGUUUGGGUGAUGAGUGUUUAUCCAGGCCACAUUAGCAUCAGAGCAAGAGAGCAUGCAGCAGCUCAGAUGAGCGAAGAGGAUUCUCUCUCUCAGUAAUCCAAGUGUGUGCAUGGUAGGAUGGAUUGCAUGUUCGAUUGUGUCGCAUGCAAAAUGUAUUUGUAUGGCUGGUGCAAUUAAUCAGCACAAAAAAUGUGUAGAUUCUCUGCAGUGUAAACCUGUUGAAUGGAUCACAAAAUUGUCCAA